AUGUUCGGAAGCAUUCUUAGCUGGUUCCAGCCGGCCCAACAGCCCGCCACCGAGAGCAAGUGGGACGCCAACACCGUGACCAUGCAGCAGCCGAACAGCCCUUCAGCCCCAACUAUGAACCAGAAUGACUCAGAACAAGCUGCUUCGCCCGAGAGCAUGAAUGUCAACAUGCGUGGUGGUUUCAUGCCCGGUGAACCAGAUGAUGACUGGUGGGUCUACUCUGCUAGCACAUUUAGCUUGCUCCGUGAUCUCUAA